UGCAACUUUUGUUUUCGAAUUUAUCUUUUUUCUCUUCCUCAAUUUUCUUUUUCUUUUUCUCUCCUAAUCUCGCCUUUUUUAAAGUUCAUUCAGAAAACAUGAGCACCAACACAUCCGAAAUCCUGAGCCCUGAGGAGAAGCUCACGCUCAUCAAGCGCAACUUGCAGGAGGUCCUUGGCGAGGCUGAGCUCGUGAAGAUCCUCGCCGAGCGCGAUAUCAGCCUGUACUGGGGUACCGCGCCCACGGGCAGACCCCACGUUGGCUACUUUGUGGCCAUGACGAAGAUUGCCGACUACCUGAGAGCCGGCUGCCAUGUUACCAUUUUAUUGGCCGACAUUCACGCGUUCCUAGAUAACCUGAAGUCGUCGAUCGAACUGGUCAAAUCGCGCACAAAGUACUACGAGCAGACCAUCAAGGCCAUGCUGAACUCGAUUGGCGUUCCCCUGGAAAAGCUCACCUUUGUUGUCGGCAGCAGCUUCGAGCUGACACCCGAGUACUCGAUGGACAACUACCGCCUGGCCUCUCUGGUAACCGAGCACGACGCCAAAAAGGCGGGUGCUGAGGUCGUUAAGCAGGUCGACUCGGCGCUACUCUCGGGUCUUCUAUACCCCGGCAUGCAGGCCCUUGAUGAGGAGUACCUCAAGGUUGACGCGCAGUUUGGUGGUGUCGACCAGCGCAAGAUCUUUACGUUCGCCGAGAAGUACAUGCCGCAGCUCGGAUACAAGAAGCGCAUCCAUCUGAUGAACCCCAUGGUUCCCGGCCUGCAGGGCUCUAAGAUGUCAUCCUCAGACCCUGACUCGAAGAUCGACAUUCUGGACGACGAGAAGGCAGUUUUGAAGAAGCUGAAAAAGGCGUUCUGCGAGGAAGGCAACAUCACAGAAAACGGCAUCCUGUCGUUUAUCAAGUUUGUACUGAUGCCCGUCAGCAGCCUGCGCGCUGGCCAAGCGGAGUUUGUCAUCAAGCGGCCCGAGCAGUACGGCGGAAACAGCGUGUACAACGACUUUGCGUCCCUCGAGCGUGACUUUGCUGACAAGAACAUCCACCCGGGCGAUCUCAAGAACAGCACCGCCGCGGCCCUGAACGCGCUGCUGGAGCCUGUGCGCCAGCACUUUGCCGUGCCUGAGAUGCAGCAGCUUAUCCUGGAGGCCUACCCGCCGCCACAAGCCAAGGCCAAGCCCGUCAAGCAGAAGAAGAAGCACAACGUGCGCCCCGAUGCGCAGGCGCCUACUGCUGAGACCUCUGCAUCUGUCAUUGAGGCCGUCGAGAAGCUCGCCAAUGCUCAGAUCUAGAGAUGGCGCCGAGGGCAUACGCCGACUCUACAUAUGGCCAUAUGGUAAAUGUUAUUCUUUGCAGCAGUCUUUAUCUCUGCUCUGCUGUGUUUUGAUUUGUUUAUUUUUGGAAUAGAGUUUCAUUUUUUUGCAAAGGUUAAAUAUACACCAUACUCCAAAAUAA